AUGUUACAUACAAACAAACCUAGGACCCACUCUUCUCUUUCUCUCUUUCACAUAUUCUAAGUUUGCUAUAUAUGUAAGCUUCUCUCUUUAAACUUUCCUUUGUAACAAGAGUAACUUUUUCAUAUGGAGAGGCAAAUCAUGAACAACAAGAAACGACUAUUCUCUGUUGAACCAACCGAACUAUCCCCUAGUGAAGUUUUCACAAGGAAAUACACAAGCCACUUAGUUCCUGCACUCAAGAAGCUCAACAUGGACAAGAGCCCUUCACCAAUCAACCAACUAACCGUGAAGCAUGAAGUAGACAAGGCUUUGGCUUUGUCUGCUCAAGAAUUUGCAUGGAGCGGUUUCUUGCUACAGAAGCUAUCCUCCUCGAACAAUCCAACCACUACUACAAGUUCUUCUUCCAAUGGAGCUCGUAUUCUAGAAGGAGCCUGUAAAGAAGACGAAGAUGGAGAGAUAGAGGAGAAACUGAGUGAACUACGGAAGCUUUUGCCAGGUGGAGAAGAGAUGAAUGUGGAAGAAAUGUUGAGUGAGAUUGGCAAUUACAUUAAAUGUCUUGAGUUACAGACGAUUGCUCUUAAGUCGAUUGUUCAAGAUACUACUUGAAUUUUAGUUUUAGCCUCUGUAUAAUUUUUAGUUUGUUUUUAUGUUUUGUCUUUAAACUAAAGUCAUCUAUGUCUGUUUUAAUUAUCUCAUUUUCUUUAAGAA